CCGGAUAGUACAUGCUUACGAGUUAUUUGUGGAGACGCUUUAACAAUAUUGUUAUCCUUUCAUUCGUCGCUAGAGUCAUUUAGGCGACGAAAAUUAACAGGUGUAGAAGCCUCUCUCAGCAAAAAUCAACUAUUUUCACUGCAGAAGUCUUUCUCCGUGAACCAACUGCUUUCACUGCAAAAGUAAAAAAUGUUGUUCUAGUAAAAAUGGGGAUUCUCUUCAUUGCCUCUUAUUUUCCAAGAUAGGUAUCAUUUCAUUUGAGAUAAAAUCUAUUGCAUUUUCUGCCUUCUUAGCGUUAGAAGCACAAGUUUCAAGUCAACCGGAGUCGAAUUCGAACUGUUGUUUUGGAGGAAGGAGAAUGUAUUUAUACGUGAUCUGACGUCACUGGGUCGAAGGUCCAAGUGCGAGCUAAUGGUGUAUUUGUUGAAAGUGAACGUUCCACCCCCUCAUUUGAAGGGCGCAACCAUUAGGUCGCAAGUUGGUGGAGUUCACAGCGGUAGCAGAACUCGAAAUCCUGACCUCCGCCUCACCCAAGCCCUAAAGCUUGGGGGCAACCAAUUGGGCCACAGACCCGGUUGACAAAUUUAUUUAUAUUCUUGACUAUAAGUCUACCGUUUAAUUUCUGACAUCCACGGAUAACAAAACGGGUAAAGGACAAAGAAAUCAGCAGCAAGUAUCUUGAGGACCCCAAUGAAAUGAAUUCCAUACG